AUGGCGUCUUCAAAUGAAGUUAAGAAACUGAGCAAGAACUGCAUGUUGCAAGGAGUCACCUACUUCCAAAUAUCUCUAACGUUCAUCACAGUCCUCACCACUUUCUUCUUCAUAUGCACCGCCCGUUACCCUUCCACUAAGAUAAUUGUUCUCCAACAAACUCCUCUCCCUCUCAUGACCAACUUCUCCUCCUCUUCAUGUAUUACUACUUCCACUUCCAUUGAUCUCAACGCCAACCUCAUGGUCUCAUCUUCUUCUUCCCCGACGCUGACCAGUGACGAAGAGCUUCGAAGGUCGGCUAAGAAUAAGGGGAAGAUGAAGAAGGGAUGGGGAGAAAGAAGGAGGAGAAGCAGUAAUGAUAAGUAUCAUUGUGAUCUGUUUGAUGGGAGAUGGGUGGAGGAUGGAGAGACGAUGCCUUUGUAUGAGGCAGGGUCUUGCCCGUUUGUUGAAGAGGCUUUUAACUGCUUUAAGAAUGGACGACCGGAUUUAAACUACACCAGGCUACGGUGGCAGCCUAAGGCUUGUUCCAUGCCCAGGUUGGAAGGAAGAAACCUGCUUGAGAUACUGAGAGGGAAGAGACUUGCUUUCGUUGGCGACUCGCUGAACCGAAACAUGUGGGAAUCACUGGUCUGCAUCCUGAGAAAUUCUUUGAACAACAAAAAUGGAGUAUAUGACAUAACGGGCAAGAAUGAAUUCAGAAAUGAGAACUACUAUGCUUACAGAUUCACUGAAUACAAUUGCACAAUUGAAUUCUUUCGAGCACCAUUUCUAGUUCAAGAAUGGGAGAUUUGGAGCUCAGAUGGCACUCGAAAGGAGACCCUUCGGCUUGAUAUAAUGGGCAAAACUUCUUCCUUUUAUAAAACAGCAGAUGUGAUUAUAUUCAACACAGCUCACUGGUGGACGCAUGAGAAGACUUCUAAAGGGGAGGACUUCUACCAGGAAGGUGACUAUGUUCAUAGAAAGCUCAGUGCUGAUGACGCUUAUCACAAAGCCUUGACGACCUGGGGUCGGUGGCUGGAUGAGCAUAUUGACUCUAACCGCACCACAGUCUUCUUUAGGGGUUACUCAUGGUCUCACUUCAGAGGUGGGCAAUGGAACUCUGGUGGCAGCUGUGAUGGAGAGACUUUACCGAUCCUCGACGACAAGCAUCUGGCAAAAUACCCAAACCUCUUGAACAUACUCGAGUUGGUCAUGUCGAAGAUGAAGACACCUGUUCUCUAUCUUAACAUAACAAGAAUGACAGAUUACAGGAAGGAAGCGCAUCCUUCCAUGUACCGCUUCCCAGAGACGAAGCAGAGGGUAGUGAAGAGCCAGGAUUGUAGCCACUGGUGCCUUCCCGGGGUCCCUGACGCAUGGAAUGAGCUCAUGUAUGCUAUGCUUUUGAAGAGAUUGAGAAGGUGAAGAAGGAUGCAAUAGUAAGCGGAAUCUUCAAGCCUGGAGAUAAAGGAAACCACCAUGAAACUUUAGUUGUUACAGU